UUUUAUUACAAGAUCCUCGGCAUCUAUACACACAUGAAUCACGAUAGUAACCACAUGUCAAAAUAAUAAGACAGAGACAGGACCUAUAGACAUGUAAGUCACUACUUUCACCACGCGGCCAUGGACGUGCUUCCCACUUUCUUUAAUUUUUUUUAUUCUACUACUUAUAAUCUCUAUUCGCUGCAUAUAUUUUCCCUUAAAAUUACAAAGCCCAUCUCUCAAAAAAUCAAAAUCGAAGUAUGCCUCCUCCGGCAAUGCUUGCGUUUGAUGAUGGUCUAGAUCACGAGUGGAAGGGUUUCACAGUUUUUCCUGAAGAAAACCCUAACCCUAACUAUAAUCUUAAUUUCUUGGUGAAGAAGGCAAUUCUAGAGGGUGAGAAAACAACUGGUCCUAUUUUCUCCCGUCCUUCGGAAAGAGAAGACAGCUUCAGAAUGGUGUUACCUCCGGCCAUGCCUCCGCCUAGAGACUCAGCAGUACCGCUUCCUAUGCUCCCUGAGCCGAUGAGGAUCCGGAAGAAACUUAGCCACCAAGAAUCAUCUCAUUUUAGAAGGAAAUCUCGUUACUCGGAGAAAACCUUCUACAAGGAAGAAGAUUUCAAAUGUAAAGCCUUCUGUUUGUCUCUACCUGGCUUCGGGAAACAAAAGUCGAAACGCCAAUAUUCGAUGGAGAAGAAGAUGAUCAGUACAUCUUCUUUCACUAACUCCACCGUUUCAACACGCUCCUCGGUCGAGAUAUUCGAAUGCGGUUCUUGGGCCUCGACAACAGCCCUGAUGCAAGAUAACGGAGGAAGAUAUGUGCAAGAACUGGUUACUUCACGUUCGUCUAUAAGAGACUACCAGAGAUCGGCUGAGACUUCACCACGCCGUGUGAGAUUUUCCACACCUUCUUCGGCUUCCGUUUCUUGCCCUACUUCGCCGCGGUCUUGUAUCACCCCACGAUUGCGUAAGGCUAGGGAUGACUUUAAUGCCUUCUUGUCUGCUCAAGAUGCUUGAAUAAGGAAGAAGGAAAAACAGAGCACCAAGACCUUUUUUUAAUGGAAGUAUGUUGUGUGUAUGAUUUAUGUGUUUAAUCUGAGAUUAUUCAUGUUUUAUUUUGUUCUUGGUUAACA